AUGGAUUCGGUGCGGAAACGCCGGAAAUCUUUGGACGACCGGCAGCGGAGGCUCGAUUUUGAAGACAACUAUCAAGAAGUACCAAAGGAAAAGAAGGAGGAGAAUGGCUUCGACCACAAGCCCGUGUUGUUCUACCUAAUUUUGCUGGCAAUUCUCGCGUAUAUCUGCCAACAUUUGCAUACCUGCUUGCCCGAGCCGCUGUCGCCAAAUGAGGAUAACACCCAAUUCUCCGAAAUCCGCGCCUUCCCCAUCCUCCAGGAACUGUCCGAUUACGGCCCGAAACCGGCCGGUUCGCACGCUUGUGAGGAGUUGGCAAGGGAGAGGAUAUUGGACGAGUUACGAUUCCUCAAGAAUCACAGCAAGAACGCGCAGCUGCGCUUCGAAAUUGACACCCAGAAUCCCUCCGACUGCUUUUCGUUGCCGAAGCAUGAUACGGACGGCUUUUCGAUAUGUUACAGGAAUGUCUCCAACGUCAUCGCCCGAAUCGGGCGUAAGGUGGAACGUAGUGGAACGGAGAAAAGGUCUGAAAUCGCGAUUCUCCUCAAUUGUCACUACGACUCCUGGCCAACCUCUAGUGCCGGCUCGGACGACUUGAGCUCAUGUGCGCUGAUGCUCGAAUUGAUGAGGGUAUUUGUCGACCAUCCCGAAUACCUGAAGCACGACGUGAUCAUGUUGUUCAACGGCGCCGAGGAGAGCUCGCUGCUGGCCGCCCACGGCUUCAUCACCCAACACAGAUGGCGUCAUGAUAUUCGAGCUUUUAUCAACUUGGAGGCGAGCGGAUCUGGAGGGCGUGAAUUGUUGUUUCAAGCAGGGCCAGCCAACGAAUGGUUGCUGAACUCGUACCUCGAGGCGGCUGUUCACCCGCACUGCUCCGUGCUUGGGCAAGAGAUUUUUCAGAGCGGCGCCUACCCCGGCGAUACUGACUACCGUAUAUUCCGGGAUUACGGUAGAAUCCCGGGACUCGAUUUGGCCUUCGUCCAAAACGGUUAUUGGUGGCAUACGGAAUUCGAUGAGGCGAAAAGGAUCACUCCUGGAUCGCUGCAGAGGGCUGGCGAAAACGUGCUCUCCACGUUGAAGCAUCUCCUCGCCUCACCCUACCUCACAUCACCUGCCGAAUUUGCGGAUGAGAAAUCAGUUUUCUUCGACUUCCUCGGCCUGUUUGUCGUCGUCUACCCGCUCGACCUGGCGAACGGGCUGAACUUGGCCCUCAUCUUCCUCGUCGCCGCCCGCCUCUUCCUCAAGCUGGUCGACCAAAGACAAACCCACAGCCACGCACUAAUGGACGGAUUGGUAUGGAAUUUGCUGUAUUUCCUCUUCACCGCACUGUUCUGCUACAAGCUGGCCUACCUGAAGGCCACGCUAUUUGGGCAAAUGUUGUGGUAUUCCAAUCACCUGCUCGUCAUCCCAUUCUACGCGUUGCCCCUCAUACUCUUCAGCUUGUUGUAUGCCAUCUACCUGAGCGGCAAGUUCAACAAGCGCCAAGAGGAAUUUGCGGAGGCGUUUGAGACGAUCUCCGAUUUGUUCGUUGCCGCAAUUCUGCUUUUUUUAACCUAUAAGAAUAUCGCUUCCGGCUACCUGUUCUUCUUCCAGCUGCUCCCGAGCCUGAGCUUUUUAACGGCAACAUUUGGGCCGAACGGAAAACCCCUCUCCCGCGUCUUACUGUCCAUCCCGGCAAUCUGCCUUUCGCUAUAUACCGCGGCUCUCCUCCUCUCCAUCUUCAUCCCAAUCAUGGGCCGAACAUCCAGGGACCCGGAGCCUUUCGUACUCAUUUUCGUGUCUUUUGGUGUUCUACCAGCCGUCAGAGCUAUGUUCUCCCUGGCGCUGCGGUCAAAACCCGAAACGCUGAAGCGAGUCGCGCUCUACCUGGGGCUGCUCAUUGGCGCCUGGCUUACCGUAAUCGCCCUCUUCAACACGGGACCCUACUUGUUUGUGGACGAAUACCCGACGACGAAGAGGACACAGCUAUAUCACGUCAACCGGGAGCUGUACAACAAGUCUGGCGCCCUUUUGGAGAAUCGAUCCCUACUGUACGCAAUUUCACAUGAUGACCGCGGGGCCCUGGAUAUACCCUUUGUAAAAAGAGACGAAAGGUUCACGCCGAUUCACUGCGUCUACGCCGAGGCGCCCUACUGCGAGAUUCCGUUCUACUUCCCAACCCGAGGCAGGAUUGGGGAAAAACACAUCGCCUACAAAAAUACCGAGCCCUAUCCAAUGCCAGAAGAACGCUCACACCUCGAUGUUCUCGCGAAAAAGGCUGAGGGCAAUGCGCUACGAUAUAAGUUACGAUUCCGAGGCAGCCCGCAAAUGAGCAUCUAUGCAACGGCGGUUGAUGAGUAUACCAUCGCGAAUUGCUCGAUGAAGGGGCAUGAACCUGAUCCCGAAAUGAAAAAUGUUUUUCUCUACUAUACAUGCAGCGGUGAAGGCUGCGGGGAUUGGGAAGUUGAGUUCGAUUUACAGCGCCCAGGGACUUCAGCAGUCGCGUCUGACAAGGCAUUACUCAUCGGCGUUACUUCGCAUUAUCUACAUGGGCCCAACAUGGAAAGCGACACGCUGCGGCAAAUCCUAAAUGAGAUUAGCGAAAAACGAGUGAACGACACACGAUGGGCGAUCACGAGCAGCGCGUGGAACAAUGAUUGGGUGGCGAGGCUCGUGAAUAAAGAAGUCGCCGGCUCGCAAAUGUCGACUGGAACGACGAACGUCGGACCGCCUGGCCAAACCCUGGGCCCCAAAGAACAAGCCCUGUUCCGCAAAAUAUCGAAAUGCUACGACAACCGCCAGCACAAGCAGGGCCUGCGCCUCGUGCGCAACAUUCUCGAGCAGCAUCCGGACCAUGGAGAAACUCUUUCGAUGAAGGGCCUGCUCCUGGCCGCCAAUGGGGCCAAGUUCGACGAGGCCUUCGAAGCGGCCCGCUUGGGAUUGAAGUGCAAUGUUCAAUCGGCCCUUUGCUGGCACGCUUAUGGCAUCCUUCUCCGCACCGACCAUCAAUUCGAGCCCGCCCUCAAGGCCCUCAAAAUGGCCAUGGCUAAAGACAAGAACAAUCAAAUGCUCGCCCGGGACUACAGUCUGCUCCAAAUGCAAAUCCGCGACUUCCAUGGCUUCAAGGAAACUCGACUUCGCUUGGCACAGGAGCAUCCACAUGAAACUCACUGGUUCGGCUACGCGAUCGGCUGCCACCUAACCGAGGAUUACGAGACCGCGUUCAAGGUCAUGGAGGAGUGCGUCAAGAAUCGACUAAACAAGGAACGUUCCCCGAAGUAUAAGGUCCAAGAAGAAAACUUCAUCUCCGAGAUGAUUCUAUACCAAUGCCAAAUACUUCAGGAUGCCCAAAAUCAUCAUCAAUUAAUCGGUCAUCUCGAGGAAAACGCUGCCUUGAUCAAGGAUCCGGUCAGAUACCACGAGAUUCUAGCCGACACCAUGUUGCAAGUACGAGAUAUGGAGGGCAGCGCAAGGCACCUAAAGGCAUUGAUCGCACGGAACCCCAACAAUGGAAUGUAUUACCAGCUCCUCGAGCAGACGCAGGGCCUGACACCAGGAACUGACAAUGACAAGCUGGUCGAAUUUUAUGCGGAAUUUACCAAGCAGCAUCCGAAGGCUUUCGGGCCACGAGUUGAGCCGCUUCGUUUCCUAGAAGGCGAUGGGCUGAAGAAGCUGGUGUUUGAGAUUAUCGUCGAAAACCUGCGCAAAGGCCUGCCGUCGUUGUUCAAGUUUAUCGAGGCUUUAUACGAGAAGCCGGAGAAGGUAGCUGUACUUGAUGAGCUGUUCGAGGAGCUCCUCAGCAAGAUGGAUAGCCAGAAUGACGAUUCCUUCUGUUUUUCCGAUGAGCCGGACACUCGCGAGCUGCCCAACACUAAAUUAUGGUUCUACUUCUUGUUGGCUCAACACUAUGACAAGCGCGGGAAGCACCAGCUUGCCCUCGACUUCGUCGACCGCUGCAUCCGUCACAACCCUACCCUGAUUGAUGUCUACCUUUUGCAAGGAAAAAUUUACAAGCACAUGGGUGAUCUUGUGGGUGCCAUGCAGGCCGUCGACUUUGCCCAACAACUUGACACGGCCGACCGGAUGCUUAACAGCAAGUGUGCAAAGUAUAUGCUCCGUGCUGGCCACGCCGCCGAGGCCGAAGACCUCGUUCGUCGAUAUGCCAAGCCUGGCGAGACUAUCACCUCAUACAUGCAUGUGAUGCAAGUCGUUUGGUACGCCCUGGAAUUGGCCGCCUACCACCGGAACGCGGGAAAUUGGGGCGAGGCUUUGAAGUACUGCCACCAGGUUGAAGCGCACUUCAAUUCAUUUUCCGAGGAGCAAUACGAGUUCCACACGUUCUCCCUGCGCAAUGGCAAACUCGGCGCUUACGUCAACAUGGUGCAUAUGUUGGGAUCCCUUCGCAGGCACAAAUUCUACACUCGGGCUGCCCAGAUCGCCAUUGACAUUUACCUUCGAAUGAUCGACCAUCCGGAGGAAUUCGAGAAGAAGCCGUGCGGCGGGCAGAGCAAUGAUGAGGCUGAUAAGGAGCUCAAGAAGCAGAAACGUAAGCAGAAGAAACAAGAGGCCGCCGACAAGAGCGCUGAAGAAAACAAGAAGUCUGCACAAAGUCAAGCGAAGAAAGAGGAUAACCCAGAGCUUCGCUUUCUUCAACUGGAUGGGCAGACUUUUCUAAAUUGCGAGGACCCGCUGAAGGAGGCUACCAAGUGGGCCCUGGACAUCGGAGACCUUGGGGCUGAAGGGUCCGCCAGCUUUCUUCGUGCCUUUGAAGUCUUCAGGCGCCUGGGAAAGCCGCUUCGCAUGCUGCAAUGCCUUGAAUGUGCCAUCGGAAUGAACCCUUCAGAUCCCAAGAUCGUCGCCGCCAAAGAAGAGUUCACCAAGCACUACGAAGCCAACAAGGACAACAUGGAAGAGCAUGUGCUCGAGAUCGUCCAGGCUUAUGUGAAUAACGUG